GCAGACCCACAGCUAUAUAUUUAGCACAGUUUUGUCCCAGCUGCAUGCCGGUUGUACAGUGUGGUUACUGAUAGCAACAGGCUGCGACUACCGCGUGACAUGCACCCCUUUCUGUUUCGACAGAUAUUACUUCCUGGUCGUAUUGACUCGGGGCUCACCACACACAAUAGACAGCUGCUGGGCGAUUCCUCUCACAUCAAACAGGGGCUGUGUACUCGCGGGCAGAUGACCACGGAGUAGGCUGACCACUGUGUCGGAUUAACGAGACUGAUUAAUGAGUGACUUCGGUAAUUCGUUGCAAAUUAGGUGUGUCGGAGUCGGAGUGCGAGACUGUCGGAAUAACGGGUCAAGAUGGGACUGAUCGGCUCGGUUCCCGACAGUCGUGGCGGAUAAACCCGAUUGUCGGAUUAACGUGACUUGAAUAACUGACGACAACUGUAAAGUCAGGGUGCAGUGAUAAACUAUGGCUGGCUGAACAAUUGGGAGUGUGUGUCAAAGAGAGUAGAACUAGCCACUGACCGAAGACAACUUUGAACAAUGGACUCUUCAGGUGACACAAAUAGGGAAGAGAGACCUGAACCCCUGACAUGAUCCACGACUGAAGAGAGACAUAAUGAGGAUGAUCCUGCCGAUGAGCACCAUGGACAGAACAACAGAUAACCUGACUGGUGAAAGUGAUACCAUGGACAGAACAACAGAUAACCUGACUGUUGAAAGUGAUACCAUGGACAGAACAACAGACAACCUGACUGGUGAAAGUGAUACCAUGGACAGAACAACAGACAACCUGACUGGUGAAAGUGAUACCAUGGACAGAACAACAGAUACCCUGACUGGUGAAAGUGAUACCAUGGACAGAACAACAGAUAACCUGACUGGUGAAAGUGAUACCAUGGACAGAAUAUCAGACAACCUGACUGGUGAAAGUGAUACCAUGGACAGAACAUCAGAUAACCUGACUGGUGAAAGUGAUACCAUGGACAGAACAACAGAUAACCUGACUGGUGAAAGUGAUACCAUGGACAGAACAACAGAUAACCUGACUGGUGAAAGUGAUACCAUGGACAGAACAACAGAUAACUUGACUGGUGAAAGUGAUACCAUGGACAGAACAACAGAUAACCUUAAUGGUGAAAGUGAUACCAUGGACAGAACAACAGACAACCUGACUGGUGAAAGUGAUACCAUGGACAGAACAAGAGAUAACCUGACUGGUGAAAGUGAUACCAUGGACAGAACAACAGACAACCUGACUGGUGAAAGUGAUACCAUGGACAGAACAACAGAUAACCUGCAUGGUGAAAGUGAUACUAUGGACAGAACAACAGACAGCCUGACUGGUGAAAGUGAUACCAUGGACAGAACAACAGACAACCUGACUUGUGAAAGUGAUACCAUGGACAGAACAACAGAUAACCUGACUGGUGAAAGUGAUACCAUGGACAGAACAACAGACAGCCUGACUGGUGAAAGUGAUACCAUGGACAGAACAACAGACAGCCUGACUGGUAAAAGUGAUACCAUGGACAGAACAACAGAUAACCUGACUGGUGAAAGUGAUACCAUGGACAGAACAACAGACAGCCUGACUGGUGAAAGUGAUACCAUGGACAGGUCAACAGACAACCUGACUGGUAAAAGUGAUACCAUGGACAGAACAUCAGACAACCUGCAUGGUGAAAGUGAUACCAUGGACAGAACAACAGAUAACCUGACUGGUGAAAGUGAUACCAUGGACAGAACAACAGAUAACCUGACUGGUGAAAGUGAUAACCUGGACAGAACAACAGACAACCUGACUGGUGAAAGUGAUACCAUGGACAGAACAACAGAUACCCUGACUGGUGGAACUGAUCCUAUGGACAGAACAUCAGACAGCCUGACUGGUAAAAGUGAUACCAUGGACAGAACAACAGACAACCUGCAUGGUGAAAGUGAUACUAUUGACAGAACAUCAGAUAACCUGCAUGGUGAAAGUGAUACCAUGGACAGAAAAAAAGAUAACCUGACUGGUGAAAGUGAUACCAUGGACAGAACAACAGACAACCUGACUGGUGAAAGUGAUACCAUGGACAGAACAACAGAUAACCUGACUGGUGAAAGUGAUACCAUGGACAGAACAACAGAUAACCUGACUGGUGAAAGUGAUACCAUGGACAGAACAACAGAUAACGUGACUGGUGAAAGUGAUACCAUGGACAGAACAACAGAUAACUUGCAUGGUGAAAGUGAUACCAUGGACAGAAUAUCAGACAACCUGACUGGUGAAAGUGAUAACCUGGACAGAGGAGUGGUAAACCUUGCCGAGAUCGAGAGAAGAGGUCACACUGUCCAUAGUGCCAAUCUGUCUUCUGACGAUCAAGCCUCUCCCCGCCAAGCAGUCAUUGAAAUUGGAGAAAAUAGUUUGACCGUUAUUGACCCUGGGUCUUCUGGUUUAACGGUCAUAGAACCAAAUCAACAGCCCAGAGAACGAUGUCUCACCAAUACCAAUCUUCCAAUAUCAAACACGUUAGCAAACUCACAGGUGCCGUCUCUCCAUGCUUCAAGGAAACAUGUUCCAGGUUUUCAGACAUCACAUAUCACUAAAACAAAGGAGGGAGCUUCACUGACGACUGCAGGCCUUUCAUUCAUAAAAGCUCCAUCAUCUAGCCAAACAACACACGAGAAAAAACCGAGGCGUCAGCCUGUGCCAUCAGAAAAUCAGGGAGCAAUAGAUCAACGUUUUAUGAACAUCUGUGAAACAACACAGGCAAUGAUAGGACAGCAUGACACAGUGUAUGUAUCAACGUAUGGCGAGAGGAUGGCCUUAAAACAUCUACAGCAGCGUGGUGCCAUAUUUAUGAAAGGACGACCUGGCUCUGGGAAAUCUAGAUUAGGGUUAAAACUUCUUGCUGACGUCUCAAGGCUAACAGACAGGAAACCCGUAGUGUUGACAUCGGCAGAACAGUGGAGAGAUAUCCCUCAGAAACAAAAUGAUGAAGAAUCUGGAAAACCAGCGAAUAGGUAUGUUGUCAUGAUAGAUGACAUUUUCGGAUCAACGAAUUUUGUUGAGUCUCGCUUUGAUGAAUGGACUGGAGUGUUUGAUGUCAUGCAUCCUUCUGUUGAAUCUGGCCAUGUAAUGCUGGUUCUUGCAUCUCGGCCAGACAUUAGUGACCAAUGUCAGGCCCGACUGAACAAAUACAAACUCACUCGUCAUAUGUUCUAUCUUACCUUAGAUGAAGAUGAGUUGACACUCCGACCUAGGGAAAAGAUGAUGUUGCUGAAAAGCAUUUGUGAAACAAAAGUGAAGUUUACUAAACAUGAGAUAAAUGAAAUAGUACAGUUAAAGACAACACUUGGAUUCCCUCAAUGUUGUCGAUAUUUCGCAGGAAGUAAGGAAGCCCAGGCUCAAAGGGUCAGAUUCUUCCAAAAACCAAACGAAUAUGUGCUGGAGGAAGUACGCUGCUUGCAAGAAAGUGAUGGGCUUGGCUAUCUUGUUCUAUUGAUUGUGUUGUUUGGCAAAGGAUAUCUUGAUACCAAGAAUCUUCAACCUCACAAAAGUCCACAAGAGAUUAAAAAAAUGUUAGAUGACUUGACAAAGUUAUGCUCAAAGAUUCCUAACAAUCGAAGUCUGUAUGAGAUCAAACAGAAGGCUGAUUCACUUUGUGGUUCAUACCUUUGGCACACUGAAAAGGGAUAUGUUUUCCAGCACCAGUCAAUAUUCGACGCAGUUUUCAUAAACAUAUCACAAGUGUAUCCUGACAUUUACAUUCAUUUGUGUCCCGCUAACAUAUUUGUAGAAUUUGUCAGAACAUCAGAAAGGGAGAGUGAGAAUAGAAGAAACCUAGUGCUCUUGAAUGAGGACCAUUAUGAAGCAUUUGCCGAUCGAAUAAUUCAAUUGAUGGUCAGUGAAGAAGCGGUCACCAUUUUGAAACACCCAUCUCUUCAUAAUGAAACAUUUGUAAAUCACGUAGUAGAUAGAUGGUUUUCACAACAAAAUGUUGGGGAUAUAGUUUCUCAUAAAUUUGAAAAGUCAAGGGAAGUGAUCAAAUUUGCAUCUCAUUAUCUUUACACACAGAAUUUAGAAGUCAAAACGUUGUUGGAGCUUUUCGUUCUUAACAAACAUUCUUUCAUGCUCUCCACCCUAUUAGAAAAGUGCCGCCUUUCCACCGAUGUGUUGCAGGAUUGUUUGCCCUGUGCUAUCUAUGUAGGGAGCAACCUACUCAUAGAGACACUUUUAGCCCAAGGAGUUAAACCAAAUGGGAGCUGCUUCAGCGCCCUUUGUGUUUCAAGAGGCAUCGACACAAACACCACUGAAAGACUGUUUACCAACAUUUGGGAUGACGUUGAAAAGAUACAAGCACAGUGGGCCAAGGCUAACGCGGGUCUUGUGCAUAUGUUCAACUGGACACCAUUUUCAUUGGCAGUACUAAAUGGGAACUAUACCGUUGUGAAACUGCUAACAGAUAAACUGAAGCACGAGAGAAAAAACAACAUCAUAUUUGAAGAUUCUUUAAAAGCUUUAUUGUGUGAGCUGCAGACAACAAACCCUUAUCCUGUGUUCAAACCAUACGACAUGGACAACUUGACAAAGAUAAUGAAGCUUCUACUGAACGAUUAUCAUGCCAACGAUACUGGUUAUCUGUGCUGGUUAGCAUCGGCACACUCUGAUGCAUCAGCUCUGAAGCUGAUUCUUGAAUUCAUCAAGACUGUUAAAGUUGCAUUGAAUACCUCACGUAUUACACAGUGCAUACAACCAGAUUAUGGAGGUCCAUUUGAUCAGGCUGCAGCAUAUGGUGGGGCAGAUUGUUUGGAAUCACUGUUAGAACUUAACAGAGAUCCAUUCAUAAAUCCAAGUAAGGAAAGGAAUGGGUCCUUGCUUCACAUUUCAGCCAAACAUGGAAACAAAAAGUGUGUUGAGAUGUUGCUGAAGUUGGGUCAUCCUGUUAUGUCCAAGGACAGCAUUGACCUCCAGUACUUUCUGUCAGGACUUCUACCCUCAGUUCAGAAAUUGCUUCCUUCGUAUGUUGGAUGCAAGGAGACGUUACUUCAUGCUGCUUGCAGACAUGCUGACGUGGAUAUGGUCCAAUUUAUAUGUGAAAUUGGAGCCAGCGUUGAUGCAGUUGACACGGAUGGGGAAACAGUUGCACAUGCAGCCGCAGCAUCACACACUGGUGGAGUAGAAAAACUUCAAUAUCUGUUUAAUGUGAAACAUGCUCCUCUUCAUAAAACAGACAAUGAAGGAAGAACAGCUCUGUUUCCAGCUGUUAUAUCAGCAGUAGAGACAGGCGAUCUGGAGCUUGUUACGUUUCUUAUAGACCAAGGACUAAGUGUUAACUGCAAGGAUAACUCCAACAGAAAUUUGGCGAUGCAAUCUGCUGCACUUACAGGUGUAAGGCAUAAGUACCUCUCAGAAACUGUAACACAUCUUUUGAAUGCACAUCUUGAUAUCAAUCUGCAAGAUCUUGAAGGUCGAACAGCGCUUCACUUUGCUACAAGACAUACAAAUAUCGACUGUGUUUUGGUACUGCUUCAAAAAGGUGUUGCAUUAAAUAUAAAAGAUAAACAAGGUAUGACAGCACUCCACUAUGCUGCAAAAGAAGUCAAUUCAAGGGACGAGAAGAUGGUCCUUGGAAUUAUGAAGCUGCUUCUAAAACAGGAAACUGAACAGGAAACUGGUAUUGAAGCACAAGAUAUUUUGGGGAUGACACCACUUCACCAUGCUGUUAAGUCACGGAAAAUUGAUAGAGUAAUGUUGUUACUGCAACAGAAGGUGAAUCUCAAUUUACAAGAAACCAAUGGGAAAACCGCCCUCCAUUUUGCAGCAACGUUUCAAUCGUGGCCAAUUGCUUCACGCCUCUUAGAUGCAGGGUGUGAUGCCAAUAUGCGAGAUCUUGGGGGCAAAACAGCAUUACAUUAUGCUUCAAAUAAUGACUGCAUCUUCAAUAUUCUUCUUCUCCUCGAGAAAGACGUCGAUAUACACGUUCAAGAUAACAAAGGACAGACAGCUCUUCACAUUGCUGUAGAACAUGAAAGGGAAAAAUUUGUUGAAUUGCUUUUAGAGGAAGGCAUAGAUCCCAUGAUUCAAGAUAAUGACGGAAUGACUGUGCUUCAUAAGGCGGUUACUAUGUCGAACACCAGCAAGAAUAAUAGCAUUGUGAAACUACUGCUUGCAAAUGGCGACUCUCAAGGUGUACAAGGACAAAAUGAGAACACAAAUAAAGGCAAUUACUCAAGAACGGUUGAUAAUAAAGGGAGGACAGCCCUCCACUGUGCUGCAAUUCGUGUGAAUAAAGAUUAUGUAGGAAUGCUCCUAAAUAGAGGCGUGGACCCAAAUAUACAAGACCAACACGGCAUGACAACACUUGCAUUUGCUACAGAACGUUCAUCAGUCCAGAGCAUUAAGUUACUCUUCGAUAAAGGGGCAGAUCCUAACUUACGUGACAGUGAGGGCCGUACAUUGUGGUUCUAUGCACGGUCAAUAGAUGUAUGGGAACUACUGAUGGAACAAGGAGUUGAUCCAACUGUAACAGAUGGACAAGGGAGGACAAUACUUCACUAUGCAGCACGUUUAUGUGGUGCGGACGCAAUUAAACUGGCGUUACAAAUAGAUAUCGAUCACACGUUGAAAGACGACACAGGUAGAACAGCCCUUCACUAUGCUGCUGAGACAGGAUCUGAAGAGACAGUUCAACUUCUCUUGGAGAAAGGUGUUGAUCCAAGCAUCAAAGACAAAACAGGGAGUGUGGCUCUCCAUUAUGCUGCAAGGAGAGAUUCCAGUGGGGGUGUAAAACUGCUGUUAGAAAAAGGUGAUAACAUAGCUGUGAAAGACAACACUGGCAGAACGGCUCUUCACUAUGCUGCACAGGAAGGAAUAACUGACAGUGUUAGGUUACUCUUAGAGAAAGGAUUUGACCAAAACGAACGAGAUAGUCAGGGAAAGGUGGCACUUCAUUAUGCUGCAGGGGGAUUCGGGGAGGGCGUUUUGAAACUGUUGAUCGAUAAAGGGACCAACCCAAGUGUAGAGGACCAAAGUGGCAGGACAGCCCUUCACUAUGCGGCAAUGGAACGAAGAGAUGACAGUGUUAUGGCUCUUUUAUUGACAGUUGUUGACCCAAACAAACAAGAUGAGCAGGGGAAAACAGCCCUUCACUAUGCUGCAAUGUACGGAACAGCUGACAGUGUUAAGGCUCUUUUACUGAAUGGUGUUGACCCAAAUGCUCAAGAUGAAGCAGGGCAGGUGGCACUCCAUCAUGCUGCAAGGAGAUAUUCCAGUGGUAGUUUAAAAUUGCUGUUAGAUAAGGAUGUUAACCUGACUGUAAAAGACAACACUGGCAGGACAGCUCUUCACUGUGCUGCACAGGAAGGGCUAUUUGACAGUGUUAGGUUGCUCUUAGAGAAAGGCUUCGACCCAAACGAACGUGAUAAUCAGGGAAAGGUUGCACUUCAUUAUGCUGCACAGUCAUCUGACAAUCUGAGACUUUUCAUCGAUAAAGUGCCCAAUCCCAGUGUAGAGGACAAUAGUGGCAGGACAGCCGUUCACUAUGCUGCAAUGAAAGGGUUGGCUGCAAAUGUUCUGCAUCUUUUACUGAAAGGUAUUGACCCAAACAAACAAGAUGAUCAGGGGAAAACAGCCCUUCACUACGCAGCAGGGCCAGGAUCUCACUUAAUGUGCAGAGCGACUGUCCACAUACUCUUACAACGUGGCAGUGAAGUCAAUAUCAGAGAUACGAGGGGCAUGACAGCCCUCCAUCAUGCUGCAGAGGCUGGCAAACAGGAUAUCAUGGCACUGCUUAUCGAUAAUGGUGCUACUAUUGGUAUGCAAGAUCAACAGGGAAUGACCGCCCUCCACUAUGCAGCAGAACGAGAUAAUAUCCAGUGUUUCGAGCUUCUGCAGAAAGGCAUUGACACUAGCAUUCAAGAAAAUGAGGGUAGGAAACCUUUUUUUAGGGUUGGAGAUGAACUGGAAGAAUAUUUAAUUAAAUUGCUUACCAAAUUGAAACAAGACAUUUCCAGCACGCCACAGUGAUAAAUGUAAAUCCAUCUGUGACAAGAAGCAAGUACUAUCACAUCAAUCACUCAAAGUGUUAAAAUCUUCCUCGGAGAGACAUGAACCCAUGUCUGUGCUGUAGAUGAGGACUGUGGCAGACAGACAGACGGACACAUGCAGACGGAAACAUUACCAUCCAAAACGAGUUCCUGUCUGAUGAACUAUUUCAGCGUAACAUAUAAAUCCUAGUCAUAAGCUACAGGUACAUAAUCUGAUGCAAGUAAUUGUUUGUUAUUAAUAUAUGACAACAGUCUAGGUGUAGAUCGUUUCAAAUUGUACGAUUGAUAGUGUUUAUAACAUACGUGAUAUUUGCCAACAGAAAUGUGUGUGUGUGUGUGUGUGUGUGUGUGUGUGUGUGUGUGUGUGUGUGUGUGUGUGUGUGUUCAUUUAUUAAUUUUUUGAAGUUGUCAUUCUAUGUUAAGAUAACUAGGGUGUAUCUACUCAAUGAGCACAACUGAUUAUUUAUGAACAAAUUCUACUGUCUAAAUGUAUAUGAUUGUAAAGCAUAAAUAGCACUUGUGAGUGAAUGUUGGUGUUUAUUCGGUGUGUCACUUUUAUCGUGGUGUGGUGGAUUAAUGUUGGAGAAAGCAGGUGAUGCAAGUAUUGGCAGUUAACCUAUUUUCAGAGCACAAGAAUGGCACUGACGUUAAAGUCAGGGCGAAUCUUGAUUCAAAACUGAAAUAUAUUGUCAGCGGUGGAUAAAUUCUACUUUAUACAUAUCAUCUGGCAAUGUUACAUACAGUUUGUUGUUUACAACUAAUGUAAAUCAGAAUUACUUCAUAGGUACAUGUACUCCAUUGUUGCACUGUCAUCUUAGUAGCUAUGUCCAUAGUAUACAUGAUGAUUAGGACCCGUGAAGAUCCGGGGUAGAAUAGGUCUUCAGCAACCCAUGCUUGCCAUAAAAUGGUGACUAUGCUUGUCGUAGGAGGCGACUAACGUGAUCGGGUGGUCAGGCUCGCUGACUUGGUUGAUGCAUGUCAUCGAGCCCAAUUGCGCGGAUCGAUGCUCGAUAUAUCAAUCACUGGAUUGUCUGGUCCAGACUCGAUUAUUUACAGACCGUCGUAUAGCUGUUCACGAGUUGGCAAGAACCGUUUAUAUUGUUCUGCAUGGUACGGAUGGAAAAAUACAUAUAAAAUAUAUUCAAACAUU